GAGCGCGCACCGGCCCCUCUCCGGCUGGGCGCUCCGGGCGGCCAGGCUGAGGCGCGGCGGAGACACGAGCCCGGAGCGGCGAGCUGGAGUGGGGCCGUGGCCCCCGGCCCUGCGGACAUUGAGGGCCUCCGAGAGCCGCCCCGAGGACCGAUGCGCCGGGUGGGGCGCUGCCCCCCAGGGCGAGGGCGAGAGCCGCCCGCAGAUUGAGCAACUUGGGAACGCGCGGGCGGAGCGCGGGCGAGCGGGGCGCCCAGGACUGUCCCGCGGCCGGCCUCCCCUUCGCCUUCCGGGCCUGACCCGCGCGCUGGCAACGCGAGUGCUUGAAACUGUUGUCAUCCCAGAGGUGAGGGAAGCCACUGUUACUUGCUCCGGUGACAUUCACAUCUGGAUCCUCCUCUCCAUUUGCCAGCUGCAGUUGUGACUGCAGGUUGGUUUUUGGGGUAGCCUGUUGCAGUGACGAAGAUCUCCCAUGUGACACUCAGAGGAGGCUUUGAGGAACUCUGCCUUGGAGGACCUCUGUCUGGGCUGAUGGAGCUCUGGGCUCCCCACACCCUCUCUGUCCACAGUUGAGAAUUUGGUGGAUGUGGGCUGCAGCCCAGGCCUGAAUCUCCUGCUGCUGACCCAGCCUCGGAGGCGCUAGCAAGAGCCCAGCACCACCCACUGCCCCCCAGGGACCACCCCUCCUGCCGGGGGCCCGGAGCUGGAGAGUGACUAUGCGGCUUGGGCUCUGUGUGGUGGCCCUGGUUCUGAGCUGGACACACCUCGCCGCCAGCAGCCGAGGGGUCAAGGGGAAGAGGCAGAGGCGGAUCAGUGCUGAGGGGAGCCAAGCCUGUGCCAAGGGCUGUGAGCUCUGCUCCGAGGUCAACGGCUGCCUCAAGUGUUCACCCAAGCUGUUCAUCCUGCUGGAGCGGAACGACAUCCGCCAGGUGGGCGUCUGCUUGCCAUCCUGCCCGCCUGGAUACUUUGACGCCCGAAACCCCGACAUGAACAAGUGCAUCAAAUGCAAGAUAGAGCACUGCGAGGCCUGCUUCAGCCACAACUUCUGCACCAAGUGUCAGGAGGGCCGGUAUUUACACAAGGGUCGCUGCUACCCAGCCUGUCCUGAGGGCUCCACCCCCACCAAUGGCACCAUGGAGUGCAGCAGUCCUGCACAAUGUGAAAUGAGUGAGUGGUCACCGUGGGGGCCCUGCUCCAAGAAGAAGAAGCUCUGUGGUUUCCGGAAGGGCUCUGAAGAGCGGACACGCAGAGUUCUCCAUGCUCCUGGGGGGGACCACAGCAUCUGCUCUGACACCAAGGAGACCCGGAGGUGCACGGUGCAGAGGAUUCCAUGUCCUGAUGGGAAGAAGAGGAGAAAGGGAGGCCAGGGCCGGAGGGAGAACCCCAACAGGAACCCGGGCAGGAAGGAGAACAAGGAGACUGGCCGGAGCUCUCGGAGACGCAAGGGGCAGCAGCAGCUGCCGCAGCAGCCACAGCCAGGGACAGUGGAGCCACUCACAUCUGCUGGGCCCACCUAACACAGGGGCCAGCCUCCAGGCACAUGCAGAAGAGCCCUGUGCUGCUUUGCGUGAGGAAAGCUUCCCAGAACUGGAGCAUCGGGGGCAAUGCGUACACAUACACUCCAUCCAUCCAUGCUCUCACAGCCUGUCCAAAUGUGCAACCAGACACACACACACACACACACACACACACACACACACACAAAACUGAGGCCACCAGAAGACACUUCCAUCCUAUGGCCCAGCAGUACCCACUUUGUGUAUGAUGCACACAGUAGAUGUGUCAAACCAUUUCCCAGCAUCCAGAUGCAAACUUUGUAGCAUGGAACCUUCUGGAGAAGCUGCUGGGAUUGCAAUGCCAGGUGUGGUGGACCAGCCAAAGCUUGAGGACUGCUGAGGGAGAAGAGUUCAUCCCCCAUGCCAGCUGUGUGACUUUAUCUUGGAGAGUAUCCCUACACAACUGUGAUACAUAUCAGGGCUGACCUGACUCAAAGAACUGCUUAAAGGUUUAUUUCAAAUUAAAAAGAAAAAAA